AUGUCCCGCCAAUGCGUCCGCAAGAUCAAGAGCGUCCCAGCCGAACUGCGUCCUAAUACGGAGGUGGACGGCGCCGGUUUGCAAUCCUACGUGGCGAAGAAACGACGCUCGCUCGACAAGUUCAUCGACGGAGCAGCGGAUGCUGACAACAGGGCGUCAGCAGAUAUGAUGUCUGUUAUUCUUAUGAUUGAUAGAAAUACUGCUGAACGAGAAGAGCGCCGCAUGGAGAACGAGCGACAGUGGCGAUUUGAGCAGCAGCAACGCCAAGACAAAGCCGAAGAAGAUCGAGCUCGCCGCGAAGAAAGGAUGAUGAUGAUGUUCAUGAAAUUUCUUGGAGAUAAGAAUGAAAAAUAG